AACUGUCAAACGCUCUCGUUUACGUUUCAGCAUUUCCUGUCAAGUGUCAUUUUGCCUGUUGCCCGCCUCGCGAUCGCGUUGAAAGGCAGACAAGAUGGCUUCAAGGGCAGUCACAGUAUGUUCUUGUCGGCCACCAAGUUUAUCAAAGAUGCAGCAGUUAUCCUUGGCUGACGUUCAGCUCGGUUCCUCCUUCAAUUUUAAGUACAUUGAGGGAAGGAUUGCUAAGAUGUGGCCCCUUCAUUCCGCCGGCAAGAACAAGUGGAUGAAGACGAUUCUUGAGGAGGGGGAGGAGGCGGCUGCCAACGAUGCCCCGCCCCCAAGUAGGAUUAUCGUCUUCCUCAUGGGAGAUUUUGCAGAGGAGUUCAUUCAGUUUUCUGUCGGGGAUAUGGUAAUUAUCAGUGAGGCGUUGAUUGAGAAGUCGCCGUCUUUCGUCAAAGACUCCAUCCAUCCGUGUAACAUCCUAGUUGAGAAGACGCGAUCUAGACCAUCAGUCUGGGUGAUACCAGCCAAGAAAAAAAGUCAGACGACAAAAGCAGCCAGACAAAACACUGCUGCUUCAUCUGCCAUUCCCAGACCUGCGUCCACGGGCGCCGCAAGCUCCUCAACCGCAGCCCAUGGACAGAUUCCUGCUGUGGGACGGAAUGCUUCUGAUGGUAGCAAUGAAGGGGUGAGGUCUGAUCCAGAAGUCGGUCCGUCAACUAGCGCUGCGUCGACAGUUCCAUCAACAAGCAGCAGAAAGGCAGCGGGUCCAAACAGAGACACGCCGUGGAGUGAUAACGCCGUCACCACCUCAGGCCACCCCAUGGACGCGUGGACGAUCCCCGAUGUCAGCCUGUCACCCACUAAGAGAAGUUACACUUACACUCCCCUCAAGGACCUGAAGGCAGCCGCCCAAGUCAACGUCUUUGGGGUCGUCAAAUUCUUCAAGCCUCCAUACAAGACCAGGGGACCAGAUUAUUGCAUGACGGUGACCUUGAUUGACCCGACCCUUGACCCCGACCAUCGUGGGCUUCGAUGUCAACUGUUCCGUGAUGACAUCAUGGCGCUACCCCAAGUACACGCCAUAGGAGAUAUUGUUCGCUUUCAUCGUUUGAAGAUCAGCCUGUUCAAUGAUGCCAUACAGGGACAGAAGGGGAACGGCUUCCAUUGUCUUGUGUUUGAGGGAGCGGUAGACGCCUCUAUGGAGCCGAGAUCCUCCAGCCCCAAUUACACGCUGACUGAUGAUGACAAACGAAGGGUCAAGGAGCUGAGAUUGUGGUCGAGUCGUCGGACUCAACUUGCCUUAGACAACCGGGGCUGUUCCCUAUCCAAGAUGUACGCAGGGCAGUACCUUGAUCUGACAUGCCAGGUGGUGUCAGUGGCUGUGUUGCCGGCAGAGAAGUGUGCAGUGAUCCGAGUCUGGGAUGGGACCAAAUACAGAGGACCUGUGCGCGUGAUGGAUACCAGUGCCAGUGUCAACAAUCAAUGCAAUGAUGAGCUUGUCAGGAAGUCUGGUGGCCUGGCUUACGACGUGUCAUUGUAUGACAACCACAUGGAGACUGGUGCCAAACUAAAGCCUGGUCAGUUCAUCAAAAUCUGCAACCUGCACGUGGCCAAGUUUCUGCUGCCUGGGAGGCCAGACAACACCGCGGAGAUGGUGGAACUUGUGUUGCAUCAUGGGACAUCGUACGGCCGAGGCAUCAUUGCGCUGAAGGAAUGGGAACAAGGGGUCAAAGAUAUGAUCAAACGUAUGGAGGACGUAGUUCAAAUUGCUCCAAGCACCAGUGCAACAGCCAAUCAGAAUCCAGCAGGGUCACUAUUGGUCAACCAUGCUCCAAGCACCAGCGGAACAGCCAAUCAGAAUCAAGCAGGGUCCCCAUCGGCCAAUCAAGCAACAGAUGGAACUGGAAGGGGUCUGCAAUCGACCAAUGGCGGCGCAGCAGGCACGCCCAGCAGGUGCAUGCAACGAUCCGCAUCAGUGAUAACUGAUCAUUUCCAUCAGAGGACAUCUCACAUCGCAGAUGUCAUCAGCAGCGAUGCACCCAACAAGUUUCGUCUCCGAGCCAAAGUCGUGGACUAUCUGCCUAACAAUAUCCUCGACAUCAUUCAUCUCUACUGCUCCAAGUGCAAAUUCAGAUGUAGAGUACCCCCAUCCCAAAAACCCGAAACGCCAGAAAAAGCUGGUACUCCCAAGAAAGCUAGCUCUGCAAAGCCAGCUUCACCAACGAAAGAUGCGGUGAGGAAAAACGAGUACAACCUGAGGAGCAACACCUCCAAGGAAGCAGAGGCCAAGAAACAAGAGACGACCCAAGGGGUUUGCACCAGGAGCGCCGCGCAGAGGACCCAAAAAGACAGUCCAAGGAGAAGGGCCGGUAUCGAGAGCCCUGCCCAAAGACGGCCCAGCAAGCCCCCAGCGUCAGGAGGCUCAUCAGCUGAGGAAAGUUCACCUGGGAGGUUCUUGACUCUGAGGAAGCGUCCUGCGACUGCCGGGGUGUCUGAGGACGAAGGCCCAACCAACUCCAGGCCCCGAAAGAACCGCCGGGGGACCUCAAAGAUGGCCGCCGUGUCGGACCAAGGGACGGCUCCGCCGGCGAGAGAGGACGGUGGGAUAGAGGUUGUGGACAGCAGCAAGCAGGAUGCUGGCGAGAUCAGUGAGGCAGCACCCGAGGAUCUGGGGAAGAGGUUGACAGAGACCGACGUCUACGGACGGAGCAUCACGGCAGUGGUGCAGAGUAGCGGUGAGGAGGCGGCGGUAGAGGGGGUGGCGUUGGGAGUUAAUUUGAGGAGGAGACGGAAGAUCAAGGUGGAUGUGGACAGCUUGACACCCAUGGAAGCACUGUUGAUGGUACGCCUUGGAAUGAGACUCAUCCACCACGCUGACGUGCCGACCAGUAAUGGUCACCUGACCAUUCGGGGAGCCAAUCAUCAGUCUCCUGACGGUCAGGUGUUUUACCUCUGCCCUCGGUGUUCAACAGUUGGUGAUUCGCAGGCUGUCCAAGACGAUGCCCCUCUCCUUCAGUACAAGUACUGCUUGAAGCUCUGUCUGGACGAUGGCACCGGCCGCAUUGAGGUCAUACUUGACAGGCAAAACGCACAAACCUUUUUCCAGGGUAUCCGAGCCACCAACCUCCAUACUUCCCUUAAAGCCAGAUACAAACUCGAGGAAGCCAUGGCCACACUGUGUCCUUACCCGGCCGGUACAGGGUUCGAUUCCCAGUCCAGCGACGGGACGACGUCCGUCCACGAUCUGACCAGCCACCCCUGGCUGGACUGCUGCAUCAUGUCAUACCCGGACAACCUCGGAGGGACAGAGAUCAUCAAGUAUCACAUGUUUGACACCACACUCGCUCUGGACGUAGAGUAAGGUUUGGUUCCCUGGUUAGAGGUUCGAUUCCUAAACGGUCAUCUUUGGAAGUACAGAGAUCAUCAAGUACGAGUUGUUCGACACAACACUCAGUAUGGAUGUACAGUAGAAUUUGGUUUUUCUGGUAUUAGAGGUUCGAAUCCCGGAUGGGUCAACCUCUGAAGUACGGGAUCAUGAAGUAUGAGAUGUUCGACACCACACUAGCCCUGGAGGUAGAGUAGAAUUUGGUUUUCUGGUUAGAGGUCAGAAUCCCUAAUUCGUCUACCUCUAAAGUAGGGAGAUCAUCAAGUUCGAGUUGUUCGACACCACACUUGCUGUGGACGUAGAGUAGGGUUUGGUUUACUGGUUAGAGGUUCGAAUCCCUGAUGGCUCAAUUUUGGAAUUACUGAUAUCAUCAAGUAUCAGAUGUAGAGCAGUGUAUAAUUUCCUGGUUAGAGGUUCGAUUCCUAAACUGGUUAACCUCGGAGGUAUCAAGAUGGUCAAGUACCAGCUGUUUGACAUUGCACUUGCUCUGGGGGUAGGGUAGGCUUUGUUUUUCUGUUUAGAGGUUCAACUCCCAUAUCUGGGACACAUCUGGUCGAGCAAUAACGACCGUAAUUGGUCAAAACAUCACUGGGUGAGGCUGAAUGUAUUCCGGUUCCCAGACCAAAAGAUUCCGACAAAUUUUAGGUCUGGUAGCCCUCACGUUAAAAAAUAG